UGAUCAACCUUGCAGGGGCUCACACGCCUUUGAAAACGACAGCAUGGCCAAAUCCUGUCGUCCUUAAUUAGAAGCAGAAACUCCUCGGGUAAAUAAUGCCCGAGGAUGCUGAAUAGGCCUGCGAUAAAAGUGUGUGCGAUUGGCCACCAGAGGGGAGGAAGAUCGCGAAAGUUCACACCUCCUCCCUCCCUCCCUGCCACCCGGGCUAUUCUUUAUUAUAACACAGGCACCGACACACCAUUUCCUUUCCUCUUGCAUCGCCGGGCCUCCCCUGGGGUGAGAGGCAGAAGCGAUGGCGGCAGCGCCCAGCGACCCCAUCCAGGCCCUCCUGAAGGAGCUGACUUGCACCGUGUGCCUGGAAGGGUUUCGGGACCCCGUCAUGAUCAUAGGGUGCGGGCAUAACUUCUGCCGGCCCUGCAUCAUCCAGUACUGGGGGGGCUCCUUCCGAAACGUCGUCUGCCCGCAAUGCCGGACGACUUUCUCCAAAGCCAAGCUGAAGCCCAACCGGCAGCUGAGCAAUGUGGUCGAGUUGACCCGGGACCUCAGCCUGCAAACUCCUAGGGACCCCCCUGCCUCCCCUCCUUCCUCCUCCUCGUUGUCGGAGGACCUCUGCCCUUUGCAUCAGAAGCCCCUGAAGCUUUUCUGCGAGAAGGACGGCAUCCCACUUUGCCUGUCCUGCCAUGGGGCAGAAGACCAUCGGGACCACAAGGUCCUCCCCAUAGAGGAGGCCGUCCAGGAGCAGAAGCGUCUGAUCCAGAGCCGCUUAGAGAGCUUGAAGAAACAAAAAGAUCUCUGCCAGAGGUCCAAGGAACUUGCUAAAAAGAGGAUCCAGUUAAUGCAAAAUGUGGAGAAGCAGGCUGUGGUUGCUGAAAUUGAGCAGUUCUGCCAGUUUUUGAAAAAUCAGGUUGAGUUCCUUCUACCCCAUCUGGAGGUGCUGCUAACUAACAUCUCAAAGAAGGAGAAGGAAAUCAGUGGUAAACUUACUGGGGAAAUAAAGCAGCUCAAUGACUUUAUCUGUGAUAUAGAGAAGACCUGUGAGAAACCAGGGGUGAAACUGCUGAAGGAAGUCACCCGGCUCAAUGGCCUUCUGAGUAAAGGGGAGAUUUUGUGUUCCGACAUGAAGAUGGAAGACUGUCAGGAAUAUGAAACUACCUACAGCUAGUACGUAUCUCCUUAGUAAAACUCAUUGUUUGAA